AUGAAUGUGCACGGCGGCAUGUCCGAAUUGCAACGCAACGGGUUCUUGAAGAAGGCUGGCAGCCUCAUCCUUGACGUUUUCUCUGUCACGUCGUUCCACGCGCUGUAUGACGCCGUGCUCGAUGACGUGAAAGACAUUCCCACUGCUGUCGCGUGGCUCCAAGACCUCGACCACAACAAGGAGAAGGUCUGCGCCGCGUACACUGCAAAUGUGUUCACGGCCGGCCAC